UUUAAACAAAGUUAAAAGGCAAUUGAAAUAAUAUUUGCAACAUACAUGACACAUGGUUAAUAUCAUAAAGAUCAGUCAGAUUAGUAAGAAAAAGAUAAAUGCCCAAAUAGAAUAUGCUAAGGUCUAAACAUAGUAAAUCACUAGAAACAUGACCAAUAAACCUUUGGAACAGCGUUCAGCCUUACAGAUACUUAAAGCUAUGCACAUUAUCCUACUUUGGUUAUUAGAGCAUGGAUUUUGGCCUCAGAUGAGCUGAAAUAUCGGUCUGUCAUUUCAUAGCUUUAUGAGCUUGGAUAAGUUACAUGAACUUUAAGUCUCGAUUUUCCUCAUCUGUGAAAUACAGGUAAUGGGGGCACAUAGGAUUAUUUUGAGAAUUAAAUGCAAUAAAACAUGUGAAAUGGCUGGCCAGUAGUAAGUACCGCAUCCUGCCUGGACUCCAGAGGGACUCCAGGGGAGAAGAGGGUCAGGCCGGACACCUCUAGCUACUCACGGGCAACACCUUUGACCCCAUUGCUACCAGGAAAACCCCGUCCGCCUCUGUUAGCCAGCCAAAUGAUUUAAGGGGGUAUAACCUAGGGGCACGCUGAGAAGCUCUGCGAAGUUGGGGAUGAGUUUCCCCAGAAUACAAACUGGGAAUGACUCAAGGGAAUUGUGUCCAGGGGAAUGAAUUAAAUGGAAAAAAGGCUUGGUAGAUCAGAUAAAGUUGCAAAUUUUAGGUAGCGACUCCUUUAACUUCUUAAGGUCCUUGGAGCCCUUACUCAUCAAGUUUAGUUUGGGUACCUGUCCCUGUUACUAGGCUCGCUGAGGAACCUACCUAUGUCAACUGACCCAUUGGUAAAAAUAGGGGAAAUUACAUAGUCGCUUUAAAAAAAUGCUUAUGAUUAUAAUAUACAGGUGGAAGAGUUGGGCUAGGAGACUCCCCUGGGUUCUUGCAUUGUUUCAGUGAAAGUUGAAUCAGUGUUCUUUCUUUCAAUUAAUACUUAGCUGAGCUCCUAACGUGUGCCAGUCACUAUGCUUGGUGUUAGGGAAACCAUAGGCAAGCAGGAUAAAACCCCUCCUAUCUAAUAGUGACAGGCCGUAAUCAAAGAAUCGCACAAAUGUAAAUCGUAACUGAGGUAAACAUGAAGAAAACGUAAAAGGACUAACAUUAUGUGGCUGCGUGCUAGGAGUGGCGGAGAGAUAGGCAGAAGGCACAGCAAUGGUGUGGCUAGAAGGAGUGCUUGGUCAGGAAACCCAGUUCAGUAUCCCGAGUGCAUAGGCUUGGUUUUAGGAACUGGGGAGACAAAGAUAAAUAUGGCACUGUUCCUGGAGAGAGGAUGCUCUUUAACAAAAGUACCAUACCAUGUGACACAUGCCCCACUAUGGAUAUGAAUAAAGCACCAGGGAGGCCCAAAUAAUAAGGAAGUGAUGACUUUUGCCAGCGUGGCUAAGGACUUUCCAGUGGAGUGACAUUUGAGCUGGAUUUUGAAGGGCAAGGAGUUCAACAGAUGAGAAGUAUGGAGCUUUGUUGGUAGAGGGAACAUGUGUUCAGAGAAAGCUGCAGAAAGGAAAGGCGUCCCAGGACAUGUCUUAAACUAGCGGUGGGCAAUGGUUGGCAAAGAGUUCAUGGGCAGCUCUGGGAGGGUUUCUCAUGCCCAAGCCCAAGGCUGUUGGUGUUUCCCAGGUAGAUCCCUUGAUGUGCAAGGCACAAGGUAAGAGGAGGCAUGGGGGUAAGGCACUCUCUGCUUUGUGCGUAGGGAGAAGGAAGGUGCACUAUUUGUUCCCAGAUGGAAAGGAAAUGGCCGAAGAAUAUGAUGAGAAGACGGGCGAGCUACUUGUGAGAAAGUGGCGUGUGAAAAGUGCCUUGGGAGCCUUGGGCCAGUGGCAGAUGGAGGUGGGAGAGCCAGCACUCCCGGGAGCAGGGGGCCUGGGGCCUGAAUUCAUCAAGGAAAACAAAGCCAAUCCCAUCUUUAUGCGCAAGGACACCAAGAUGAGUUUCCAGUGGCGGAUUCGAAACCUCCCCUACCCUAAGGACGUCUACAGUGUCUGUGUGGACCAAACGGAGCGCUGCAUCAUCGUCCAAACAACCAACAAAAAGUACUACAAGAAGUUCUCCAUUCCUGACCUAGACCGGUACCAGCUUCCUCUGGAUGAGUCCGUGCUGAGUUUUGCUCAUGCCAACCGCACCCUGAUCAUCUCUUACCGGAAGCCGAAGGAGGUCCUGGAGGCUGAGUCAGAGCUUCAGAAGGAACUGAAGAAAGUGAAGACGGCCCACAGCAGUGACGGGGACUGUAAGACCCAGUAGCGGAGCAUCCUUGAGCCUGCACCUCAGGCGGUGUGGUGACCGGACCUCGGGCAGCGCAGCAGUGGGGGAGGCUCUUCGGACUUUGUGGCUUGGGCCUUUCUGGAACAGGGGUACGUCCUCUCUUCUAAGAGCUCUCCAGGCUCUGUGAGAACUGGGCCUUGGGGUGCUCCUAGCCCCCAUAUCAUGGUCUGAUCUCCCAAGUAAAGUCGUUCUGAGUCAC